AAGGUCCUGGUCCCGAUCGCGGACGGCAGCGAAGAGAUCGAGGCGGUCACCGUCGUCGACGUCUUGCGAAGAGCCGGCGCGGAGGUCGUCGUGAUGUCCGUCGAGGACGACAGGAACGAGGUCGUCUGCAGCCGCGGCGUCCGCAUCGUCGCGGACAAGAACGUGAGAGAGCUCGCGGGACGCGGCGCGCCGUCGGACUGGGACCUGAUCGCGGUGCCGGGCGGGAUGCCGGGCGCGGAACGAAUCGCGGACCACGUCAAGUUUCACGCGGUGCUAGAGAAGCACUUCAGAGCGGGGAAGCUUCUCGCGGCGAUAUGUGCGGCGCCGGCGGUGUGUUUCGAGCCGAAGGGUUUCCUGGAGGGGUUCGCCGCGACCGCGCACCCCGCGUUCGUGGACGAGCUCGGCGGCCGCGUCGUCGUGGACCAGCACGUCGUGACGUCGAGGGGACCGGGGACGGCGUUGGAGUGGGCGUUGUGUCUGGUCGAGCAGCUGUUCGGGGAGGACAAGGCGAAGGAGGUGGCGGGGCCGAUGGUCGUG